AUGCUCGCGUCGACGACCGCGUUGCAGCGCACCUCGCCGACGGCGUCGACGUCGGCGCCGCGUCUUCGGUCGCGUCCUCGCGUCAACAUCACCCGUCCCGUUGGCUCCCGCGCCGCUCGCACCGGGCGGCGCGGCGGCGUCGCGCGCACCCGCGCGCUCUUCAACCCGUUCGACCCGGAGUCCACGGACGAUCCGCUGCUCCGGAGGGCGCUGCGCGAGCCCGUCGCGUUUUUCGGGGGCGUGUUCGCGGGGAUGUUAGGGCUGAGCGUGGACGACGAGCCGCUGCGGGAAUGGGUGGACAGGACGUCGGAGGCGGCGGGGAUGACGCGGGCCGAGGAGGCGGCCGUCGAGGAGACGGCCGCGGGAGGAGGCACCGGGGAUGACGAUGGGGUCGACGGAGACGUAAAUCCGGGAGGAGGGGACGCGACAGCGCCGGCGAAGGAUCCGACGCCCGAUCCGUAG